AUGGCCGACAACGAGAAGCAGUCCCACGCCGAGGAGCGCCCUGCCGCCAGCACCCCGCCGCCCUACCCCGACGAGGCCGGCGUCGCCGACUCGCGCAAGAAGUCAUGGAAGCACCGCGAGUUCAACGUCCUGGGCCACCGCUUCUACUACGCCUCGCCCGCCGCACAGCUGGGCAUCGUGUCGUUUGUGUGCUUCCUGUGCCCGGGCAUGUUCAAUGCGCUGUCCGGCAUGGGCGGUGGAGGCCAGGUCGACCCUGAGGCCGCCAACAAGGCCAAUGUCGCCCUGAACUCGACCUUCGCCGUCGUCGGCUUCUUCGCCGGCACCAUCGCCAACACCCUCGGCGUCAAGUUCGCCCUGGGCUUCGGCGGCUUGGGCUACAGCAUCUAUGUCGCCUCUUUCCUCAACUUCUCGCACAACCAGAACUUCGGCUUCAGCAUCUUCGCCGGCGCUUUUCUUGGUGUGUGCGCCGGCCUGCUUUGGUGCGCCCAAGGCGCCAUCAUGAUGUCCUACCCGCCCGAGGCCUCCAAGGGCCGCUACAUCUCGUGGUUCUGGAUGAUCUUCAACCUGGGAGCUGUCAUUGGAAGUCUGAUUCCCCUGGGCCAGAACAUCCAUAACACCGAGGCCGCUACGGUCAGCGACGGAACCUACAUUGGCUUCCUCGUGCUGACCCUGCUUGGUGCCGCCCUUGCAUUCACCCUGACCUCCGCCAAGAACGUCGUGCGCGAAGAUGGCUCGCACAUCAUCUUGAUGAAGAACCCCAGCUGGAAGACGGAGCUCAUCGGCCUGGGCCAGACUUUCGUCUCAGAUCCUUACAUCAUCGCCCUUUUCCCCAUGUUCUUCGCUUCCAACUGGUUCUAUACCUACCAGUUCAACGAUGUCAAUGCCGCCUACUUCAGUCUCCGCACCCGCGCCCUCAACAACACCUUGUACUACAUCAUGCAGAUCGUCGGCGCCUUCAUCUUCGGUUAUGCUCUUGACCAGCAGCGCUUCCGCCGCACCACCCGCGCCAAGGCUGUCUGGGUUGUGCUCAUGGUCAUUACCAUGGCCAUCUGGGGCGGUGGCUAUGCCUUCCAAAAGACCUACACACGCGCCUCGGCUGGAGCCGAUGAUUUCCACGUGAAGGACUGGUCUGAUGGUGGCUACAUCGGCCCCAUGUUCCUGUACAUGUUCUACGGCUUCUACGACGCUGCUUGGCAAACCUCCGUUUACUGGCUCAUGGGCGCUAUGACCAACAACGGGCGCAAGCUCGCCAACUUUGCCGGCUUCUACAAGGGCAUCCAGUCGGCCGGUGCCGCCGUCGUUUGGGCGCUCGACCUGGACAAGGUCCCGUUCAUGAACAUUUUCGCGUCGUGCUGGGCGCUGCUGGCCGGCUCGCUGAUCAUCGCCCUGCCUGUCAUCCUCAUCAAGAUCCAGGACCACGUCUCCAUCGAAGAGGACCUCAAAUUCACCGACAACAGCCUGACCGACGUCGCCCCUGUCGGAACCGUCGCCUUCGAGGAGGCCAAGCAUGAAGAGGCUAAACAGUGA